AUGGCUGCUUUGGCAGACUUAUUGAUGGGCCCCUUCGCUGACGCCGUCCUUCACACGGCCAAGUUCCCUCCUGCAGGUGACUCGCAACUGGUCGUGCUUGAUCAGGCAUGUGGAUCGGGCGUUGUCUCGUCUCAUAUCAUGUCCCACUUGUCCCCGGACGACAGGUCUCGAUUGGAUCUCACAUGCGCGGAUAUAUCUGAGCCGGCAAUUGCCCAGAUGGAGAAACGGAUCGAGAAUUCUGGCUGGAGCAAUGCUCGUGCAGUAACAAAUGAUGCCAUGGAGACUCCCUUUCCGGCCAACCAUUUUACACACAUCUUCUUCAACUUCGGCCCACAGAUGCUACCGACUCCCCUCGCUGGACUAAAAGAGUGCCAUCGAAUCCUCCGACAGAGCGGGAUCCUGGGCAUAAGUUCAUGGCAGAAAGUGCCUUGGCCCGCCGACUACCGCGAAGGCAUUGCCAGGGACUCCUCUCUGCCGUCGUUUCCCACGGAAGAACAGCUUCGUUACGCAUUCUCUGACACGCCACAGAGGUGGGACACCGUCGAUGAAGGCAGAGCACAUCUCGAAGAAUGCGGUUUUACAGCCAUUGAGGCCGCGGCUGUGGAAAAUACGACAUCGAUGAGCGUCGAGGAGGUCGAAGCGAUGCUGCCGUUUUCGUUUGAUAUGAUGGUGCAGAAGUUCUGGACCAAGGAGGAAGUCGACAAGUUCAGACAACCAGCGGCGCGAGCGAUAGUGGAUUUUUUGAAGGAGAAGUACGGGAAGGGGCCAGUAGUGUGGAAGUGGGUUGCUCUGGUCGCAACUGGGAGGAAGGGCUAG